AGGUUAAACUUGGUCCGGUUAAUUCUGGGUUGGGUUUCGAUCUGCAACUGAUGGCCACCGAUCGCUUGGAAGAGAGACUCGGGAGAAGACGAGGCUAUAUAUUUUUAAUCGAGGGUUAGGGUUACACAAUUAUCUCCUCCAUGGCCAAUUCCAAGACCAAGACCGGAGAAAUGUUUACCUUUGCGCUUUUUUUACUGCUUGUAGGAAGGUUGCAUUGUAACUAAGGAGUCCUAGAGAGAUAGUGUGCUAUCAAAUGCCAUUAUAGAAGAUUUUGGUUUCUUGUUAAUGGGCGCACCCAAGCAAAAAUGGACUGCCGAAGAGGAGUCCGCUCUCAAAGCUGGAGUUCGAAAGCAUGGGGCUGGAAAAUGGCGCACAAUAUUGAAAGAUCCAGAAUUUAGUGGUACAUUAUGUCUGAGGUCGAAUGUGGACCUCAAGGAUAAGUGGCGGAAUUUGAGUGUGACUGCUAAUGGGUGGGGAUCUCGAGAGAAGGCCAGAAUAGCCAUGAAACGGAGCCAACAUAUAGUUAAGCAUGACAAUAGCCCAAAGGCUGUCAGCACGUCAAUCGAAGAUAGUGAUGAUGAAAUACUUGACAUCAAGCCUAUUGCUGUGAGUAGUGAAAAUAUUCAUGUAACUGGUCAAAAAAGAUCAUUCUCACGGAUAGACAAUCUGAUAUUGGAAGCUAUAACGAACUUGAAGGAACCCACUGGAUCUAACAAGACAACUAUUGCGAUGUAUAUAGAGGAUCAAUAUUGGCCUCCUCCAGAUUUUACACGAUUAUUAUCAGCUAAGCUGAAGACAUUGACUGCAAGUGGGAGAUUGAUUAAGGUCAAGCGCAGGUAUAGAAUAGCACCAACAUCAGCUUUUCUGAAAGGAAAAUCAUCUAAUAUUUCUAUUUAUGAGGGAAGACAAAGGGAGCCAUCUGGAUCUGUAGUUGAUGACUUCACACCCCUCUUGAGAUCUCAAGUAGAUGUUGAAUUAGCACGGAUGCGAAAUAUGACUGCACAAGAGGCAGCUGCAGCUGCUGCUCAAGCUGUUGCGGAGGCAGAAGCAGCCAUGGCGCAAGCUGAAGAGGCAGCAAAGGAGGCAGAGGCUGCAGAAGCUGAUGCAGAAGCAGCACAGGCUUUUGCGGAGGCAGCAAUGUUGACUAUUAAAAACAGAAAAACAGCUGACCUGAUAGUCCGAGCUUGACAGGAAUCGACAGGUCAAUGUAGCUUUUCUCCAGAUUCACAACCAACAACGGCCCUUGGGAGUCAACCUCAGGACUCACUGGGUCGUUGUUGGUUCCACGGUGUUGUGACUCCAAACAAUUGUUGUUGUAUAUGCUAAUCGGAAGACCAGGUGUAUGGAGGAGGAGAGCUGGUGCUUCAGAGUGAGAUCUUCCAAAUUGGCUGAUGAUAUUGUGUGCACUCGCCAAAUCUGCAGAUGCUUGUGUAGGAAGCUGAAUGAUUGCCUAUGGGAGAUUGUUGUCUGUAGGGAAAAUCUGACAUGGUGGAACAUUUUCUUUCUUUAUUUUGGAUUAGACUAUUUAGAGCAAUGGGGGGCUUAAUUAUACCACCGGAGACAGCAAUUGUAUUAAAGAUCUCACAAGGAACUCUCGAUUAGGAACACAUUUUUUGAGACAACAUAAAAAUGUCCUUUUAACAUUGAUGAUGCAUUUAAUGUAUUCAGAUGCAUUAUCUUCGGUCAC